UCGUGUGGGUCGACGGCACGGAACAGAUGUGCAGUCAUAUCGGGUUUCUCGUGCAGACGCUGGACUCGAUUGUCAUGAGAUGUAAUACGAUGUCAGGGGAGGGCUCGCCGUUCGCGAAGUACCGGAUCAACCGGCGCACGAAGGCUAUGAUCGCCUGCUAUCCCGGCAAUAAUAGCCAAUACGUGCGACACAUCGAUAAUCCCAAUAACGACGGCCGGUGUGUCACAAGUAUUUAUUAUCUCAAUAAGGAUUAUAAUCGACAGCGAGACGGCGGUGUAUUGCGUCUAUUCCCGCAGAUAUCGUCGUGUGUGGCGGACAUCGAGCCGAAGUUCAAUCGCGUGAUAUUCUUCUGGUCAGACCGACGC